GCUGUCUGUCUCGAAUGCUUGACUCCCCGGUUGUCACCAGCUGAGACCUGCUGUUCAAGUCAGAAAGCUUCCCGAUGCCCCUAUCGCCAGGCCCCCAGGCCAGGUUUGCCGACCCAGCAGUCGGAGACUUGACCGCAAUGCACGUCCUGGUCCGUGAAAUAGCGGCCAAGUAUGCUAAGCGGUCUUUCAGGUACGCUUUCGACUCGCACACAGGCGGUUGAAUGAGGACCUCAGCUCUGGACAGACACACAAAGUGCAAUUGACCGAAGCGAAAGAGGGGCAAUCUGCUUAUCCAACCACGUGACACGGCUAUCACCGGUGUGGAUAGCGAGGUAGCCGCACCGGCAUGGACAGCGACUAGCGAUCAUACUCCGAUAUCUCCAUGCCUACACCUUUACCUCGAGGCCACCCAUAAGUCUUUCUCAUUGUUCCUCCCAUCCUGCGAUCGUUUGUGUGAUUAUCGUCGUCUUACCAGAGACCAAGAGUGCCAGUGCCCAACAUGCCAAUCUACCAUAUUGUACUUUUCAAGCUGAAACCCGGCGUGACGCCAGGUCAGAUCUCCGAAUUUGUCACUGUAGCUAAAAGCAUGGUUGGAAAGGUACCUGGAUUGAGAAAGCUCGAAGCCAACACUGCCCAUAUCUCGACUGCCCAUCGUGGCCAGGGGUUCAAUUUGGGAGUCGUUGCUAUUCUUGACAAGGGAGAAGACAUCAAAGUAUACGCCGAACACCCUGCCCAUCUAAAAGUCCAAGACAUUAGGAUGAAGAUAUGCGACGAUGCGCUGGCAUAUGACCUGGAAUACUCGGAGUGAACAGGGUCGUCAUCGAGGCACCAGUACUUAUGAAAGGUACCCGAGCUCUAGAAGUUUAGCUUGAGGUUGUAGGCACAGAUCGU